CAGGCUUUGCGGCGCGCCCCUUUCAAAACGGUGGCCGUUGGUGCGCUGCUCAUUUGCGAUACCCGAUUCAGAAGGGAAAGAGAGGAGCGGCUUCCUUGCUUUGUUUGGGAGAGGAUGGAGUCGAGUGCUCUUUAUGGGUGCCUUCAGCACGGACUGACCAUUAGUAUUCAGCGAAGCAAUGGUGUAAUCCACGAUGCCACUAUCAAGAAUGUGAAUUGGGAAAAAAUGUUUGUAUCAGUGGAAUGGACAGAGACUAGCACUAUCAAAGGAAAGGAGAUUGACUUUGAUGAUGUGGUAGCAAUAAAUCCAGAGCUGUUGAAGACCCCAGUUGCUGCUGAUGGGAAAGAGAGUCUUCCUCUCCAGGAAAAUGUAACCACACAGAGUCAAAACCCCAGGGCAACGGUCUCAAGAAUUCCCGCUCCAAGAGAAGCACUACGGUACCAAGCCAGCAAAAUGUCUGUAAUAACCGAAUCACAAAACAAUGCUCUGGAAAGCAACAUGGAGGUAGAAUCACCUGCUCCCAUGCCACCACGAAUCCGUUCUUAUCUUCCUGUUGUGCGAGCUCGAUCUAGGAGUAGUUACUGUUCUGAUAGAUGUAGUAUACAACCAAAUGGCAAUGGAAUGAUAGAGGAACCUCCACAGUCUCUCAGAAUUGUCUCUGCUGCAAUUCAAGCUCGGAGAAAAUCUACAAUUGUAAAAGAGAUGGAAAAAAUGAAAAAUAAGAGAGAAGAGAAAAGAGCUCAAUACUCUGAAAUAAGAAACAAGCGGGCACAGGAGUAUGACAGUAGUUGUCCAAACUGGGACUUUGCACGAAUGGUCAAGGAAUACAGAGCAACCCUUAAUUGUCAGCCAAUAUCAAUGAAUGACCCAAUAGAAGAACAUCGAAUUUGUGUCUGUGUGAGGAAAAGGCCCCUAAAUAGGCAAGAAAUUGCAAAGAAGGAAUGUGAUGUUAUUACUGUUAUCAGCAAAAACAACAUCCUGGUACAUGAACCAAAAGUGAAGGUUGAUCUGACGAAAUAUCUGGAAAACCAGCCUUUUCGAUUUGACUUUUCAUUUGAUGAAAAAGCUUCAAAUGAAAUGGUUUAUUGGUUCACUGCUAGGCCACUUUUGCAGACAAUUUUUGAAGGGGGGAAGGCUACGUGUUUUGCCUAUGGCCAGACUGGCAGUGGAAAAACACAUACUAUGGGUGGAGAUUUUUCUGGGAAAACACAGAAGGCCUCCAAAGGAAUAUAUGCUUUUGCGUCUCAGGAUGUUUUUCUCCUCCUGCAGCAGACACGGUACAAGGUCCAAGGACUAGAAGUAUAUGUGACUUUCUUUGAAAUAUACAAUGGAAAGCUGUUUGACCUCUUGAAUAAAAAAGCGAAGCUGCGAGUGCUGGAGGAUGGCAAACAGCAGGUCCAGGUAGUUGGCUUGCAAGAAGUGCGAGUGAAUUGUGCUGAAGACGUUAUCCGGAUAAUUGAAGCUGGGAGUGCCUGCAGGACAUCAGGGCAUUCAUUUGCAAAUUCCAACUCCUCACGAUCCCAUGCUUGCUUUCAAAUUAUCCUGCGCAGAAAAGGGAAACUUCAUGGCAAGUUCUCCUUAGUAGACUUAGCUGGAAACGAGAGAGGGGCUGAUACAUCCAGUGCUGAUCGACAGACGCGGAUGGAAGCAGCAGAAAUAAACAAGAGUUUGCUAGCACUAAAGGAAUGCAUCCGUGCUUUAGGCCAAAAUAAGCAACAUACACCUUUUCGGGAGAGCAAACUUACACAGGUAUUGCGGGAUUCCUUCAUUGGCACCAACUCCAGAACUUGUAUGAUUGCAAUGAUCUCUCCUGGCAUGAAUUCCUGUGAAUAUACCUUAAAUACUUUGCGUUAUGCUGAUAGAGUAAAGGAACUCCCUCAUAAUGGAACAGCUGAUGAGGCACAGAACUGUAUGGAAACUGAAAACAAAGAGCUUGAAAUCAGUGAAGAAGAGUCAAACCACUUCCUUGAGCUCUCUGAAGAGGAAUUGUCGCCUCAUCUGUCCAGUGUCCGGGAAGCUCUCACCCGAAUUAAUGAACUUGAAGAUAAGGCAAUAGAAGAACUUAAGGAAAUCAGACAGAAAAUGAAUGCCUGUAACGAUCUCCUGGAUAUUGCGGAACAGCCAGAAUAUGACCUGGAGGCAUUUGUGUACGAAGCUCAGUGCUUCAUCAAUGAAGGAUCCAAAAGCUUUGAAACUUUGAAAGAAACUUUGGAUGAACUAACCCUUGCCAUGCAGAUGGAGGAGCAAGCUAGCAAGCACCUGAAUAAGAGAUAGCUUCAACGGCCACUCAUUUGUUAAAAUGAACCCUUUCUGUCUUCAUUUGCCUGUCACUUCUUUGUUUUGGUGUUAAUGUGUGUUAAAUGCAAUCAAAAAUUCAGCCAUCUAAUUUGAGGAGGGUGGCCACUAUUUUUUGCAGGGUGAUGCAGACAUUGUUUUAUCAGGUUGUGAUGUUUCUGGGGUUGCUCCUCAUCUUUAUAAAUACUGAAAGCUGCACUGGGUGUAUGCUUUAGUAUCAUUUGGUAAACUCAUGUAUAUUUUUAGUGUACAUAAAACCAUUUAUUAAAUAUGUUUUAAUGUCUUAAUUUUAAUCCAGUGACUGUUAAACUGGAUUUCUUUAAUAUUGUAUACUUUUAAUAGGGAAGAAACAAUAGCUAAAUCCAUUUGAAUAAAUCUUUCUAACUUCAUUAA